AUGGAGUCAUGGGAGUACCACCAGAUGAAGAUCAUCAAAGUGGUUCUAGACUCCCAGGAGGCCACGGUUCUCUACCUGCCAUACCUCAUCACCAUCGACGACAUCAUCACCCAGAUCGCCAAGGCCGGCUUCAAGGUCAAGCCCAAGUCCAAGUCCUGCCCCCUGCAGCUGUCCGUCAGCGAGAUGGAGCGGUUGCUAAGCGCUGCCUCGUUACCCACAGCACCGGUGGAUACUUCCACCAAGGAUUCUGAGGAGUCCACAGACUCGGCCCAGACUACCCUCAGGGUGACGGGCAUGCACUGCCGCUCCUGUGUGGUAAACAUCCAGGAUAACAUCUCCAAGCUGGCUGGGGUGACCUCCAUAGAGGUAUUGUUGGAGAGAGAGAGCGCCUCCAUCCACUACGACCCAGGGAGGGUGACUGUGUCUGGGCUACAGCAAGCCAUCGAGGCCCUGCCACCAGGGACGUUUAAAACCCAACCCUGGAGCGCUACCUCUGGAGGUGUAAGCCCUACAUCCACCACACCACCACCGUCGUCCCAGGCCGGCCUCUCCUCCACCCAGCCCUGCUACAGCCAGCCUCUGACGUCCACGGCCCUAAUCCAUAUAGAGGGGAUGACCUGUGGGUCCUGUGUUCAGUCCAUCGAGGGGAUGCUGUCUCAGAGGAAGGGGGUGCGGUCAGCCAAGGUGUCUCUGGCCAAUCACAGAGGGGUGUUUGAGUACGACCCUCUCCUCACCCAACCAGAAGAGCUCAGGGAGGCCAUAGAGGACAUGGGAUUUGAUGCCUUCCUGCCUGAAACCAACUCCCUGUUGACCGUCCCAGUUAUCAGUCCCCCCUCGUCCUGCUCCCUGUCCCCUGAGCUGAACGCAGCACAGCGUGUUAAGGAGCUCCCGGACACCCUCGCUAAAUGCUUCAUCCAGAUUGGUGGAAUGACCUGUGCGUCCUGUGUGGCCAACAUCGAGAGGAACCUGAGGAAUAAACACGGUAUCUACUCUGUGCUGGUGGCCCUGAUGGCUAGUAAGGCUGAGGUCCGUUAUAACCCUGAGGUGAUGGACCCUCUGAAGAUAGCAGAGUAUGUCAGAGAGUUGGGCUUCACUGCUUCUGUCAUGGAGAACUAUGAGGGUUCUGAUGGAAGCCUGGAACUUGUGGUCAGGGGAAUGACGUGUGCCUCCUGCGUUCACAAAAUAGAGUCCAGCCUGAUGAAAGAGAACGGUAUCGUCCACGCCUCUGUUGCCCUGGCAACCAACAAAGCCCACAUCAAGUACGACCCGGAGGUGACGGGACCGAGAGACGUCAUCAAACUCAUAGAGAACCUGGGUUUCGAGGCAUCUCUGGUGAAGAGGGAUCGCACAGGCAGUCACCUGGACCACAGCAGAGAGAUCACACAAUGGAGGAAGUCGUUCCUGGUCAGCCUGAUCUUCUGCGUCCCAGUCAUGGGGAUGAUGAUCUACAUGAUCAUAGUAGACCACCAGAUCAGCACGUCUCACCAGCACAACGCCACCGCACAGGACCGGGAACACUACCACUCCACCAUGUUCCUGGAAAGACAGUGGCUCCCAGGCCUCUCCAUCAUGAACCUGAUCUCAUUCAUCUUCUGUGUCCCUGUACAGUUUUAUGGCGGGCGCUACUUCUACACCCAUGCCUACAAGGCCCUGAAACACAAAACAACCAACAUGGACGUGCUCAUCAUGCUGGCCACCUCCGUAGCCUUCACCUACUCCGUGGUCAUCCUCAUGGUCGCCAUGAUAGAGGGGGCAAAGGUCAACCCCAUCACCUUCUUUGACACGCCCCCCCUGCUCUUUGUCUUCAUCUCACUCGGGCGCUGGCUGGAGCAGAUCGCCAAGAGUAAGACGUCAGAAGCUCUGUCCAAGCUGAUGUCCCUCCAGGCCAGCGAGGCCACAGUGGUCACUCUCAACACGGACAUGUCUGUACUCAGUGAGGAGCAGCUAGAUGUUGAGCUGGUCCAGAGAGGAGACGUGGUCAGGGUGGUGCCUGGAGGGAAGUUCCCCGUAGAUGGGAGGGUCAUCGAGGGACACAGCAUGGCUGAUGAGUCUCUCAUCACAGGUGAGGCCAUGCCAGUGACUAAGAAGCCAGGCAGCUCAGUGAUAGCUGGCUCUAUCAACCAGAACGGCUCUCUGCUCGUCAGUGCUACACACGUAGGCCUGGACACAAGCCUGUCUCAGAUAGUUAAACUACUGGAGGAGGCUCAGACAUCUAAGGCUCCCAUACAGCAGUUUGCAGAUAAGAUCAGUGGUUACUUUGUCCCGUUCAUCGUUGGGGUCUCUCUCCUCACUCUGUUCGCCUGGAUCCUCAUUGGCUUUGUUGACUUUCCACUGGUGGAGAAACACUUCCCUGGCAAUGAUAAGAGCAUCUCAAAGGCAGAAGCUGUGAUCAGGUUUGCCUUCCAGGUCUCCAUCACAGUGCUGUGUAUCGCCUGCCCCUGUUCUCUGGGCCUGGCAACCCCGACAGCUGUGAUGGUGGGCACGGGGGUGGGCGCUCAGAACGGUAUCCUCAUCAAGGGUGGGGAACCACUAGAGAUGGCACGCAAGAUCCAGACAGUGGUGUUUGAUAAGACGGGUACCAUCACCUACGGAGCUCCUAAAGUCAUCCAGGUGAAGAUUGUAGUGGAGGGGAACAGGAUGCCUCGCUCCCGUCUGCUGGCCAUCGUAGGGACCGCAGAGAACAACAGUGAACACCCGCUGGGAGCUGCCAUCACCAAGUACUGUAAACAGGAGCUGGGUACAGAGUCCCUUGGUGUGUGUGCUGAGUUCCAGUCUGUACCAGGCUGUGGUAUACGAUGCCAGGUCAGUAACACAGAGACCCUGCUGAGACAACAUCAGGAGGACGGUGAAGACAACAACCAGGGAAACAGUAUUCUGGUCCAGAUCAGUGACUACAGAACCAGGCCAGGAUCACACCCCCUCAUCAUGGACGCGCCGCCUCUCCCCCUGGUGCAGACAGCGUCCUACGCGGUGUUGAUAGGGAACAGGGAGUGGAUGAGGAGGAACGGACUAGAGAUCAGACCUGAUAUAGACGAGACCAUGACUGAACAUGAACGCAGGGGACGCACUGCUGUACUGGUGGCUGUCGACAGUCUGCUAUGUGCCAUGAUAGCCAUAGCAGACACAGUGAAGCCAGAGGCAGGUUUAGCGGUUCACGCCCUGCAGGCCAUGGGUCUGGAGGUGAUUCUGAUGACUGGAGACAACAGCAAGACAGCACGGGCCAUCGCUGAUCAGGUGGGAAUCAAGAAGGUGUUUGCAGAGUUGCUGCCGUCCCACAAGGUGGCCAUGGUAGAGCAGCUGCAGCAGGCAGGGAAGAGGGUGGCCAUGGUGGGUGACGGGGUCAACGACUCACCCGCUCUGGCCAUGGCAGAUGUUGGCAUCGCCAUAGGAACGGGCUCUGACGUGGCCAUAGAGGCAGCUGACGUGGUGCUGAUCAGGAAUGACCUGCUGGAUGUGGUGGGGAGUAUUGACCUUUCCAAGAAGACCGUCAAGAGAAUCAGGAUCAACUUUGUGUUUGCUCUGGUCUAUAACCUGGUGGGGAUCCCUAUCGCUGCAGGGGUGUUCAUGCCUGUUGGUCUGGUUCUCCAGCCAUGGAUGGGUUCUGCUGCCAUGGCCCUGUCCUCUGUCUCGGUGGUGCUGUCCUCUCUACUACUCAGAUGUUACACUAAGCCCAGCGCUGAGCUACUGAAGUCUCGUCUGGGCAGUCAGAAGAGACAUGCUGCAAGCCUAUCAGAUGUCAGCGUCCACAUCGGCAUGAGCGAGCUGCGCCGCCCCUCCCCCAAGUUGAGCUUAUUUGACCGCGUCGCCAACUUCCAAUCAAAGCACUCCCUCAACUGCAUGGCCCUCAGCGAACCCGACAAAUACUCAUUGUUGGUGAGGGAGGCCCACUGCGAGGAGGAGUUUGUCUGA